GGCGACUCUGGCCUGGUAGAACCUUCCGCUCCGGCGUGCGAUCGCGUCCUCGCUCCUCGAGGGCACCGCCCUGUUCGGGGCGCGGGACCUGGCGAACUCGUCGUGGGCGCUGGCGAAGCUCGCCGUGCUGCACCAGCUCCUCUGUGGGACGCCAUAUCGAUCGUGGCGCAGGCAGCCAUCGCGCAGUUCAACGCCCAGGACCUUGCCAGCACGUCGUGGGCGUUCUCGGCGCUCGCGAGGCGGGACGCGGCGCUCCUGGAUGCCAUCUCGGCCGCGUCGCGCGCCCGCCUCCGUUCCUCGGAGGUAUUCUUCCAGCCCCAGCAGCUUGCCAACCUGGCGUGGUCUUUCUCGCGCCUGGCCUGCUCGGACUCGCCCCUGUUUGAGGUGAUCGCGGCGGCGUCCCUGCGGCGCAUCCGCCAGUUCAGGCCGUCAGAGCUUGCCAAUCUGGCCUGGUCCUUCGCGAAGCUGGCAGUCCUGCACGCGGCCCUGAUGGAUGGUAUAUCGUCCGCGGCACUGCUCCGCCUCGGCGAGUUCGGCCCCAAAGACCUGUCGAGCACAGCGUGGGCUUGCGCGCGCCUGGAGAUUCAGGACGCCGCCCUGCGCGAGGCGAUCGCGGCCGCGUCCGUCCGCAGCAUCCUGGAGUUCGAGGCGCAGGCGCUGUCGAACACCGCGUGGGCUUUCGCCCGCCUGCGGGCCGCUCCUGGGCCGCUCAUGCUCGGCAUCGCCCCCGCUGCGACGGCCAGGGGCUCACAGCUCGGGGCUCAGGAGCUAGCGAUUACGGCCUGGGCACUCGCAACUCUCGAAGUUCGGCACCUUCCGUUUCUUGCCCGUGCCUCUCUUCGGUUUCGCGAGCAAGUGCGCCCUGGCAUCAACGAGCAGCAGCCGCGGGCCUUGGUCGGCACCGCGUGGGCAUUCGCCGCCCUGAGCUACCGGGACUGGCCCCUCUUUGCCUCGAUCUCCUCGGAAGCCUGGCGCAUGAUCGGGCAGUUCUCGGCCCAGGACGCUGCCGCCACGGCGUGGGCAGUCGCCGCCCGCCGCGUACGCGACUGCCCGCUCCUGCAGGGCCUCGCGGCCGCGGCCAUCGCGCGCCAAGACGCCGCGCGGGGCCUCGAGCCGCGGCACCUUGCGACCACGGCGUGGUCAUUCGCCGUGCUGCGGUGCUCCGACAGGCCUCUGCUGCACGGCAUGUCUGCCGGUGCCCUUCAGACCGUGGCGGAGUUUGGGCCGCCGGACAUCGCCAUGACGGCAUGGUCUUUUGCUGUCCUGGACAUGCUCGACGCGCCCCUGCUGGACACGAUCUGGACGCGCGCAGCGGCCCGGCUUUCUGAGUUCGAGGCCCAGGA